CGACAGAGGCGGCGCUCUUCCCAGUCCGCUAACGGUACAGACCUUUCAACAUAACGGCGGUCGCUUCACCUCCCGUGUCAUCUUUUACUAGCUUUACUGAAACAUUCCUAAAGGGGUCGGAGAAAGAAUCCGUGGGAGAAGAGAGGAGCGGCGGAGGGACACGCAGGGCGGGAGGCGGAGUAGAGAGAGCCGGGUCUGCUGGACGCUGAGGCGGCCGCGCCGCUGCUGCUGCUGCUGCUGCUGCCGCCGCAAAGCCUGCUUUUUCUGCGGACACAUUUUACACUUUCACUCCCGACUCAGCGAAGCCCCGACCCCUCUGUGGAGCUGGAUGUUUGCCUUUCCUACAGAUUUCACCAUGGAAUGGAUGAAGGAGGACUGACACUUGGGGAGCCGUGAAGAAAAGCUCGAUCUGUUGGAAAAGUAGCAUCUGGAAAAAGCCCACCAGGAGCCGAGGAGAGUGACAGCAGCAGCAAAAUGUCUGUCCCUAACGUGUUGGCCAAGGCCUUGUAUGACAACGUGGCAGAGUCUCCGGACGAGCUGUCCUUCCGCAAAGGCGAUAUCAUGACGGUGUUGGAGCGUGACACGCAAGGAUUGGACGGCUGGUGGCUCUGCUCCCUCCACGGCCGCCAAGGCAUUGUCCCCGGCAACCGUCUCAAGAUUCUGGUCGGCAUGUACGACAGCAAGCAGCCGACCACACCUUCCACGCCAGAUCCAGCCACUUCCUGUCCGCCCCCACAUGCGCAGCGACCCUUCCUUCCUCAGGGCGGCUACACCAAGCCAACGGCUGUGCCGUCGUCUGCUGCCAACAAGCCCCUCCCAUCAACUCAGUACACGUCUAUGCACCCGGCCUACUCCACCCCCAGCCCUGCACAACCCAAUCCUGACUCUGUCUACAUGAUGCCCCCUUCUCACAGCCCCAAACCAAGUCCCCAAAGCCUGUACCAGAUCCCCUCUGGCCCAAUUGGACCCCCCCCACAGACCCAGCCAGGACCCCCCAGCAAGGGCCCAGCCCUAGCCCAGAGACAGUAUCAGCUGCCUGGGCAGGACAUCUACCAAGUGCCCCCCUCUGUAGGCCCAGGGCCAGGCCAGGCAGCAGCCCCAGCUGGGGGGACAGGAGCUGGGCAGGAUGUGUACCAGGUGCCCCCCUCCCUGGAUAAGAGGAACUGGGAUAGUAGCAACAAGCCGCUGGGCAAGGUAAGGAAUGAAGGAAGGAAGGAAGGAAGGAAGGAAGGAAGGAAGGAAGAUUUUUGGAUCAGACAUGUGCUCUUAGUUUACAGAAACAGUGCGAAAGAAAGAAGGAGGAUAAAAGCAAGCUUUAAACCUUAGAAAAGAAACAUGGAGGAAAGACGAAAGGGAAUGAAGGAGAAAGAAAGAACUAAGGGGCGAAUAUGUUGCUGAUGUCAGUUUGAAAAUGAAAUAUCAUGAGAAUAGAGCAUAGUUUCAUUGUUCCUGACCUCAGCUGUGGCUGUUUUUGUAUCACGCACACACACGCACACUUCCUGCUAUUAUCACUGUUUGUGCUUGCUGUGAUGUGUGUGUCUGUUUAUUGUCAAUCCAAAAAUUCAAGGUUGUUCUUUGUGCUGCAUGAUAAGGUUUGCAGAUAUUUGGCUGUUAUAUAAUUACCAGCCAGCCAGUAUCAUCUGCUGUAGCGUUUCACAGUUAUUCUAAAGGUGUUUUUUAUCUGUGGCCUCUGUGGAGAGUUUCUGGUCAGUUUUCACACUGUGGCAGAUCAGAGUGAUUCGGAGAGUUCAGGACCAUUAAUGAAGUGUGAAAGCUUUACAUUACAGUUGUGAUAUAGAAAGGUGGUUAACCUGCUGACCAGAACUACAGCAUAGCCCUUUUCAGACAUGGAAUACGUAACACUGCUGGUUUUAUCAAGCUGGUAAAGUGUUAGCUUUUUGUCAUGCAGACGUACAGUGGUUGUUCUUACCUUAAUGUGCUGACGGCUUUAUUCAGACAUGACAGGACGGUUACAGAAGGAAACUUGUGCGUGCAGCACUUGGCACCUGGUGUACGAGAGGAAGUGGGAUCACUGUGGUGAGUGAGUUGGGAAGAUUUUCUGUUUUCUCACUCGGGACACUUCCCCAGCUUAGUCUCCUGUGAACCUCCUAGUAAAUUUUUUCAUCAGUUUAAUCACCAGAUCAUUACGUUACAUAAUUGCCAAUAUUCUACAGUGCACAAGUGUAAAGUGACAAAGUGUUAUGUUGUUCCUUUGUUUAACUCCUAUUUGCUCAUAUUCCUAUUCAUUUAUUCAUCCAUACAGUUAGCAUGAAUAAAACCUGAAAAUAGAAGGAGAGAGAGCGCUCUUCUGACUAACACUGUGGUUAUACAAGUAUUUUUUUAUUCACUUUUGGACCAGUCACCGCUGGUGAAGAAUCCCCCUAACAACUUAAAAUAGCCUCAGUCACACUGUUUAUUAAAGUGAUAUUAUUUUCUUUGAGCAUAGGAGAUGGAGCUUUUGUCACACAUUUAUAAAAUUGAUAUUAAUCAGGCAAACACAACAUGUGUUUAAUUUCCCUCUGUGUUGCAGCCUGCAGCCUUUCAGUUAAUCUGACAUCAUUCAGUUCAGACUCACGUCGUGUUGAGAGUGUUACAGAAAUGUUUGUGCUUAGGUCUGACCUGUUUGCUGCUGUGAUUUUUACGUAAAAGUGACUUGGGUGCUUUUUCAGACACGAGACAGAGAUGGAAAAAUUGCCAUCAGAUUUUUGGAAAGAGGUGCCUGUCUGAAAGGGGCUUAUAUUUCCUGCUAUGAAGUUUACUCUGCUAUGAACUUUGGUAUCAUCAGUGGUGGUGAGAAAGAAAAAGAAAGGGGACUUAAAUAAUUCCUAACUACAAAAUUAUGUGUCCUCGUGAUAGAAUCCCAUAGCGGCUUUUACCUUCACACUCCACAUCACACUGCCCCACUAGACUAAAACAACUUGCAGUUCCUUGUGUGUGAGAGUGUGUGUGAAGGAGGACCACCAGUGAAAUAAUAAGAUGGUUAAUAAUUCAGUUCUGAUCUUGUGGUUGGGUGAGUUGGGCCAGCAGGUGACAGGCUCUGUGUGUGUGUACACUCUGGGAAAGCCCCUCCAGGCUUGCUGUGGUGCAUUGAGCCAUAUGUGUAAGCACCACUGUCAGUUCUUUCUUUAAAUAUUGCGUGCGUGCGCGUGUGUGCGGGUUGUGUGUGGGAUGUGUGUGUGUGUGUGUGUGUGAUGAUGUUGAGUCCAGCUGCUCUCCUGCUCCUCAACACAUGACCUCAUCUGUGUUCCUCUGUCUGUCUCUAACUGCUUCAUGAGAAAUUCAUAUGCAGGAAGUGAAGUGGAAGAUCUAGUGAAAUGCUUUAUCAUAUAUUCAGUAGGGAUGUUGG